UGAAUGAAACGGUGCUCUGGUCGCUUGGGCGCAUCCCUGAUGCUGCUAUAGCCUAUUUUCAUGAGUAAUUUUGCAGGGAUUUUGGAUGCAGCGAGAUCCCUGACAGGGACGGUCCGAGAUAUUAUCCGGAACAACGUGAAUAGUGCAAAUAGACGUAACGGAAGAAAUUCGGCAAAGGGAACGGUUCAGGGCCGGGGGCCCGUGGUGGGUCUUGAGGAGAGCCAGGCGGCCAGGAGAGACUAGUCUCCGGCCUGACGCGGAUGGGGGUGACCCUAGUGCUUACUGAAAACGAAUGGUAGAAUUUUACCUGGAUUAUCAUCUAUCAUAUUGGAUUCUUCACUUACUUCGAAAACUGCUACUGCAUCUAGAUUGCAUUACAGGUCGGAACAGUGAGAAAGCACGGCAGCAGCGAUAUUUACCUGGUGCUUUUAACCACUGCCGACCGCUUGACUAUUAGUCAUGGGCAACACGCCGGCUGCUAAGCGAGGAAACGAAAUGGAAAGCGUCAAAGAGUUUUUGGCUCUCGCCAGGGAAGACUUCCUCAGGAAAUGGGAGAAUCCUGCACAGAACACAGCAUCUCUGGAUCAGUUCGACCUACUGAAGACUCUGGGCACAGGCUCAUUUGGACGGGUGAUGCUUGUCAGGCACCGGGAGAACAGCCAGCACUACGCCAUGAAGAUCCUCAACAAGCAGAAGGUGGUGAAGCUGAAACAGAUAGAACACACUCUCAAUGAGAAGAGGAUUCUGCAGGCUGUCAGCUUUCCUUUCCUAGUGCAGUUAGAGUACUCCUUCAAGGAUAACACUAAUCUCUACAUGGUGAUGGAAUAUGUUCAGGGAGGAGAAAUGUUUUCACACCUGCGCAGAAUCGGCAGGUUCAGUGAACCCCAUGCCCGAUUUUAUGCAUCCCAGAUAGUUCUGACGUUUGAAUACCUGCAUGCUCUGGAUCUCAUCUAUAGAGACCUGAAACCAGAAAACCUCCUCAUUGACCAGCAGGGCUAUAUACAGGUGACGGACUUUGGCUUUGCGAAGCGGGUGAAAGGGCGCACAUGGACGCUGUGUGGGACGCCAGAGUAUCUGGCUCCAGAAAUCAUCCUGAGCAAGGGUUAUAAUAAAGCCGUGGACUGGUGGGCAUUAGGUGUUUUGGUCUACGAGAUGGCGGCUGGCUAUCCUCCUUUCUUCGCCGACCAGCCCAUCCACAUCUACGAGAAGAUCGUCUCAGGAAAGGUGCGCUUCCCCUCCCACUUCAGCUCGGAUCUGAAGGAGCUCCUGCGUAACCUGCUGCAGGUGGACCUGACCAAGCGCUACGGCAACCUCAAGAAUGGUGUAAAUGACAUCAAAGGCCACAAGUGGUUCUCUACCACUGAUUGGAUUGCCAUCUAUCAGCGCAGGGUAGAGGCCCCAUUUGUUCCUAAGUGCAGGGGGCCUGGUGACACCAGCAACUUUGAUGACUAUGAAGAAGAGGAGAUCCGAGUCUCCCUCACUGAGAAAUGUGCAAAAGAGUUUGCCGACUUUUAGAAAGAAAGAGAGAGAGAAAAUAAGCAUGAUGGAUGUUUAGAGUCAGUGAAACCAGCUAAGGGAGAAUAGUGAACGAUGGACAGAUAGUGUUGCCUUCACCAUCUUGUCUCUUCAUCCAGCUCACUUUUUUUUCUCUUUCUUCACCACGGCACUCGUUUCCAUUAACUUGAUGUCUGUCCCACGAGAUCUGGCGGUGGCGAUGUCAGCGAAGCAUCCUGUGGCGGUCAGGCCGCAGUGUGCGUGUCCUGAAAGAGUUCAGCGCUGUCACAGAACCGCUCCAAGCAGCAACAGACCCUCGUAUCAACCACAGAGACACAAACCCCCCCACAUUUACAUGCUCUUGUAAUAACUGAUAAUUUUGGAUCAUUUGUGUUACUUUAAGGCCUGUGUGUUGCUAUAUUGUUUUUAAUGCAUUGAGUGAAGAAUGAUGGUUAUGAAUGAUUUUGAAAAAAGCCAUGAUUCUAUCAUGUUUAUAGUUUGGAGUAUAGGGAUUAUUAUUAUUAUUAUUAUUAUUAUUAUUAUUAUUAUUAUUUGUUCAUUGUUGAUUAUUUGUUUGUGGGGGAUGACUGUGUUUCAGUAUAUCCUUUUAAUAAUAUCUGCAAUUUCACAUUUGAAAAUGUGCCAUGAUAUCACAGUUUAUUGAUGGAGCGCUCAGUUGAUUAAUUGAUUGAUAUGUUUAUUAAUACGCUGAAAACUUGAGUUAAAGUUUGAGUGCUUUUGGCCAUGCAUGCAGAUGGGGUGUCCCUUUAAUGCCUAUACAGAACAGGCGAGUUCAACUAUGCUCAGACUCUAUAGAGAGGAGAAGACCAGAUACACUCAGCACUUGAUUUUACUAGAAACAUUUGCUUUGCACCUCUCCUCACUGGCCACUUUACUAAAUCCUCUGAUCCUACAGGUGUGUUUUACAGAUGUACAGUUCCUACAGCCUUUUUGUUGGCACGCACAAUUCAUCAAACACCCACCAAUUUGUUCAUCAGCGGUCAGUUUCUGACCAAAAGAUCCACUGAUGACAGUAUAUUAUGAUGGUUGUCAAUGCAGAAAGAUGGUGGCAUAGUCUUGGGUGCUGUGCUAGUACAUGGGGCAUAGCAGUGCUUUGUUUUGGCUUUUAUGUUUGUUUAUUUUGAUACACAAUCACUGCUGGGUUGAAAGAGGUCCAUCAUUCCCUAAAAAUCCAGCUUGUAGUGAGGAGCUGACCUUUGGUGAAAUGCUGAGGGCCUACACCUAAUGGUGAUUGGCAAGAGAUGGACUGCAGUGUUUAACUGUCCACCUACAAGAAGGUUUAUAAUAAAUAGCUUCUCAUAAAGUGGCUGGUGAGUCUGUGUUAUUGCACUUUCAUGUAGUUGGUACUUUUGGCCAAAAAUUGGUACUUUUGGCCAAAUUAGCCAACUGGAAAUAUCCUGAACUCUAGCAUACUGCCACCCCUUCAACUGAUGUUUGAUGGGAUUGUGUUUUGGUUGGUCUGAAACUCGAGCUCUGCAAACACACCUGGAUUCACCAGUAAUCUCACUGCGGAACUCAGCAGUGUAGAAUCUGAUUGGCUGUGCAGUACUGUUCAAAACUGCAUGACUGAAGGGUCCAAGAUGGGCCUUCCUGUGUAGCAUGGCCAUGACCCCACCCCUUAGAUGUUCCCCUUCAGCUAACAGCAGAAAUGCCCUGUCGAGUGAAAUGACUGUCCCAACACAGGUGCCAGCGGAAAGGGGGUGUUAUUUCUGCUGCAGUUCAUUUGCAUUCAGGCACCCAGAGAAGGCAGUUUGACCUACUUCUAAAUGGUUUGGACAACUGACAGCUUUGUUGUGAAUGCAGUUAUAAUUGUGCCAACCACCUGACAAAAUACGUGUUUUUAUACAGAUUUGUUUUAUCUCUGAGUGAGUGACCUUAAUGACAUGCCACUCUGGGUGGCCUCUUCCCCUUUUUGCUCCUCCAUAUCUUCAUUUCUCCAGGCCAGUGAAGUCCUUUCUUCUUCCACAGCAAACAGAUAAAGUGAAACUGGCUUAUUUGGGGUGAAUCUGAAUUUUCUAACACCUCGGUCUGUUAAUUCUCCAGGUUCCACAGAGCAAAAAUGCAGCAUUAAUGGCUGAAGACACAGCAGAGCUCUCUGGUGAUAUUUUGCACCACAAUAAUCAUUCCAAUAAAGUUUUACUUGUGUAAAUACCAUAA